AUGGCAGCGACUGGUACUUUCAAAAUCUUGGUGCUACCUGGCGACCAUGUCGGGCCCGAAGUCGUCCGCGAGGCCCUGCGCGUGCUGGACGUCGUACAAGCUUGCCGGCCGGGCCUCACCUUCUCCCUGACCACUGGCAUUGCGGGCGGCUGUAGCCUCGACCGGCACGGCGUGGCCAUCACUGCCGAAGUCCUGGACCAGGCGGCUUGCAGCGACGCGGUGCUUUUCGGCAGCGUCGGCGGGCCGGAGUGGGCGACGACGGUGCCGAACCCCGAGUCCGGGCUGCUGCUGCUGCGCAAGCGGCUCGACGCGUUCGCCAACCUGCGCCCGUGCCGCAUCAUCGUGCCCGCGCUGGUCGACGCCUCGCCCCUCAAGGCGGACGUGGUCAGGGGCACUGACUUCGUCGUCGUCCGCGAGAACUGCGGCGGCGCGUACUUUGGCGCCAAAGUGGAGGAGGACGGCGUGGCCUCGGACCUGUGGGCUUACACGCCGGGGGAGGUUGAGCGGUGCGGGCGCGUCGCGGCGGCGGUCGCCCGCAUGAUGGGGCGACCGGGGGAGGGGGCCGGCAACGAGGACAAGGCCGCGGUGGUUUGGAGCGCGGACAAGGCCAACGUGCUGGCCAGCGGCCGGCUGUGGCGACGCGCGACCACGGACCUGUUCGCGCGCGAGUUCCCCGACAUAGAGCUGCGCCACCAGCUCGCCGACAGCAUGGCGAUGCUCAUGGUGCGCAACCCGCGUGGCUUCAACGGUGUGAUCCACACCGACAACACCUUUGGCGACAUCCUAUCAGACAUUUCCGGUGCCAUCGUCGGCACGCUGGGCACGCUGCCGAGCGCGAGCCUCUCCGGCAUUCCGGGAGGACAACAGCGGUGCAACGGCAUCUACGAGCCCGUGCACGGCAGCGCACCGGACAUUGCGGGCAUGGGCAUCGUCAACCCGGUCGCGCAGAUCCUCAGUCUCGCGAUGCUGCUACGAUACUCGUGUCUACUCGUGGACGAGGCCGCGGCUGUGGAGGCGGCCGUUGCAAAGGUGCUGGACGAUAAGAGCCAGGGCGGGCUGGCGAUCCGCACCAGGGACAUGGGUGGUACGGCAAGCACGUCUGAACUAGGCUCGGCUGUGUGCGAGGUGCUGUGUAGGUUGUUACAGGAGGGCGCAUAA